AUAUUCAUUUCUUCACAAGCUCAUGACUGUGUCAGGUAUGUUCGUUCUCUUUACGACACUACUUUUCUUGGGUUUGACAGAAGAAUUUAGAGAAGAGAAAUGAAUUUCUGCCAUGGAAACUACAGUUGGCUUCUGAUAUUUGAAGGCUGUUCUUCAAACAAGCUUUGAAUAAGCAGUGGGAAUUUGGUGGUUGUCAAUUUCAAUUCAAUGGCAAUGAGAAUAAGAGAAGUUGCAUUCUGGUUUGUGACGACAUUUUUCUGGUUUUGGACUUCUGCAAAUGGUUUUCUGUCUCCCAAUGGCGUAAACUUUGAAGUGCAAGCUUUAAUGGAUAUAAAAGCUUCUUUGGAGGAUCCUCGCGGAGUUCUUGAUAAUUGGGAUGGUGAUGCUGUUGAUCCAUGUAGCUGGACUAUGGUCACUUGUUCUCCUGAGAGUCUGGUUAUCGGCCUGGGUACUCCUAGCCAAAAUUUAUCUGGCACUAUUUCUCCAAGCAUCGGCAACUUAACAAAUCUGCAGAUUGUGCUCUUACAAAGCAACAACAUUAAAGGAUCACUUCCAGCAGGGCUUGAAAGGCUCUCAAAGCUUCACACACUUGAUUUUUCUAAUAACUUGCUUACCGGUGAAAUUCCCUCUUCUUUAGGUCACCUGAAAAGCCUCAAGUACAUGAGGCUCAAUAAUAACAGUCUCUCUGGAGCGAUUCCAAUGUCGUUAGCCAACAUUACCCAGCUUACCUUUCUGGACUUGUCUUACAAUAAUUUUAGUGGCCCUGUACCUAAAUUUCCAUCUCAAACAAUCAACAUUGUUGGAAACCCUCUGAUCUGCGCGACAGGGUCUGAGCAAGGUUGUCAUGGAACGGCACUGAUGCCCAUGUCAAUGACCUUGAACACUUCACAAUCCACUCUGCCCUUGGGAAGAUCAAAAGUUCACAAACUCGCUCUUGCGUUGGGGUCAGCCCUAGGGUGCAUCUGCUUGCUUGUCCUUGGAUACAGCCUGCUAUUAUGGCGGAGGCAUAAAAACAAUCAGCAGAUAUUCUUCGAUGUUAAAGAUCGAUGUCAUGAGGAGGUUUCACCAGGAAACUUGAUAAGGUUCCAAUUCAGGGAACUUCAGAUUGCAACAGACAAUUUCAGAAGCAAGAACAUACUUGGAAAAGGCGGUUUUGGAAAUGUCUAUAAAGGUUAUCUGCAAGAUGGUACUGCUAUUGCUGUAAAAAUGCUCAAAGAUGGGAGUGCCAUUGGGGAGAGACAAUUCCAGACAGAAGUAGAGAUAAUCAGCCUAGCAGUGCACCGCAACCUCAUCAGGCUAUAUGGCUUUUGCAUGACUGCCACACACAGACUUCUAGUUUACCCGUACAUGUCAAAUGGCAGUGUUGCUUCUCGUCUCAAAGCAAAACCGGUAUUGGAUUGGAUCACUAGGAAGAGAAUUGCCUUGGGAGCUGCAAGAGGAUUAUUACACCUCCAUGAGCAAUGUGACCAGAAGAUAAUUCAUAGGGAUGUGAAGGCUGCAAAUAUAUUGCUUGAUGAGUAUUGUGAGGCAGUGGUAGCAGAUUUUGGGUUGGCGAAGCUUUUGGAUCAUCAGGAUUCACAUGUGACAACAGCUGUGAGAGGCACUGUGGGGCAUAUAGCUCCUGAAUAUCUCUCCACUGGUCAGUCCUCUGAGAAAACAGAUGCAUUUGGUUUCGGGAUUCUUCUCCUUGAAUUGAUCACAGGACAGAGAGCUCUAGAUUUUGGGAAGGCAGCUAAUCAGAAAGGACCCAUGCUUGAUUGGGUGAGAAAAAUUCAUCAAGAAAAAAAGCUCGAUUUGCUUGUUGAUAAGGACUUGAAAAACUGCUAUGAUCGAAUUGAACUAGAGGAAAUGGUUCAAGUUGCUCUCCUUUGCACUCAAUAUAUUCCGGGAAACAGACCAAAGAUGUCUGAAGUGGUUCGAAUGCUUGAAGGUGAUGGGCUAGCAGAGAGAUGGGAAGCUUCUCAGAGGGUCGAAGCACCAAAGUACAAGCAACACGAUUUCUCCUCAUCAGAGCGAUUCUCUGACCUUACCAAUGACUCUUCCUUACUUGUACAAGCCAUAGAGCUCUCUGGCCCAAGGUAAUUACUUAUAUUCUUUUUCAUAAUUAAUAUAAAUUUGAAUUUUAUAAGGAGAAAGUUGUAGCUAGAGCUGUCCCCCAAUUGAAUACAGUAGUAGUAUAUCAGAGCUCUAAAGGGCUUUGAUUUUGUUGCCUCACUGUACAGUAUAUAGUUUGAGGAACUGACACAGUUGAGAUUGAGAGUUCCUUAGAUUCUGUCUUCCAUUUUGAGUGAAUAAUUAUUUUUGUGGUAUGUCAACCCUAAGCUUGUAAGGAUAAUGUUCCUUAAUGGGGUUUUGUUUGUAUCUUUAUUUUUAUUUUUUAUUUUGGGAUAAGGAGAGACUUGUAGAGAUAUUUGAGAAGUUAUGAUGAUUUUUUUUUUUUUUUUUGUGC